AUGGAGCAGAUGCAAAAAUUUAUAAAAGGUCUCAAGAGUCAAACUCGCAUAUUAUUGGAUGCUUCCGCUGGAGUUACUAUCCGCCAAAUGAUCGAACUACAAGUAAAUGACGUUAUUGAGAAGAUGUGUAUGAAUGAGUACCGUUCGAAAAGCGAAAGGUCAAUCAAUCCUGAAAUUGUGGGCAUGCCUAAAGGUAUGUUAGCUAUCGAUACUCAUACUGCUCUUUUAGCUCAAAUUGAAUUGGUAAAUAAAAAUCUAGCUGAAAGAGGCUCAUAUAAAGCUAAAGUGAGCCAGAAGAAAUUGGUACAUAAGUAUAAGGCUGGAAUGUUUGAAAAAUUUAAAGAAAUAUUGGCAAAACUUCAGGGAUUGCUAAAAGGUGGAAAGCAUAAGUUGACUAAAGAACAUGUCAACAUGACAGAGAAAGAGGAGAUGACAGAACCGCCGGAAGUGCCACCAAAGAUGAAGGAUCCAGCAGAGUUUACCAUCGCUUGCACCAUUGGUGGGUUGGAAAUCCAACAUGAUUUAUGUGACUUAGGAUCGAGCAUUAAUGUCAUAUCGUUGAGAAAGUUUAAGGAAUUGAAGAUAGGAGAGAUCAUAAUGAGCAACAUGACACUCACUUUAGUUGAUUCGUCUAUUACACAUCCAAUGCGUAUUGUACAUGAUGUGUUAGUUCAUGUUAAUGGUUUGACUUUAUCUGCAUACUUUAUGGUGAUCGACAUGAAAUAUUAUUCAAGAGGGUCAGUUAUUCUUGGACGCCCAUUCUUGGCAAUCGGGAAGGCAAAAAUAGAUAUGGAAACAGGUGAAAUGACUUUGAAGUUUAACAAGGGAAACGUGGUGUUUAAUGCAUAUAAAUGGACACUAUAUGUGGAGGACCUAGAGACAUGCUACCAAUUGGAAGAAAAAGGUAGUGAAGUUCAUAAAAGAAUGAAAAAUGAGUUUUCACCGGCGUGA